CUUCAGCUCUUCACCUAUUCAAAUCAAGCUAAGGAAGCCAUGACUCUUUCUUCUCCUCCUUUGUCUAUCUUCAUAGUAAUCGUCCUUCUCCCAUCUGUUGUUCAUGGAAGACAAAUUGACAGAAGACUCUCCAUUGGCCAUAACAGCGAAGCUGUCGUUGGUGGGCAGAAAGAGCAAUACAGAAAGGAGAAGAUAAUGAGGGCGCUGAUGGAGAGAAGGCCGAGCACCCUAAUGGUGGCGGGCUCGAGCUUGCCUAACUGCUCGCACGCGUGCGGCUCCUGCACGCCUUGCCGUUUAGUGAUGGUGAGCUUCAUCUGUGAAGAAGAAGCAGAGACUUGUCCGAUGGCUUAUAAGUGCAUGUGCAAUAGCAAGUCCUACCCGGUUCCUUAAUUAAUCAAAGCAAUUAACUUGUUAAUGGAGAAGUAAUUAGUGACUGAUUAGAUUAGGAAGGGUGUAUUAAGUGACUGAACUUUUCUUUAAAAGAAAUUCGGAUUUAGGUUUAGGAAUCUAACUAUGAGAAUAUGUAAGCUGUUGUAACUUGUAUUAACGCUUUUUUGGGAAGAUGAUUUAUCAGUAGAAAUGGAGUUUUUUUAAUUAAAUUUAAGGAAUGAAGAUCGAAUCAUUAUCUUUCUUGUUCA